AUGGUGGGAGGAGGGUGGGGGGGGGGUCCUACAUUUAGAGCAUUGUCUAGUGACCCCACAUGACAAGAACAGAACAGAAUCCUGUUAAAAAUACUGUUCACCAGAAUCACAUCUCCAAAAAAAUCCUAAACAUUUCUGUGAAGACUGUUAUUGUACUGUACAGUCAUUUGAAAGUGUAAACUUUCUCACAUUACCGUGCUACCAGGUGCAAAAAACCAUACUUAUUAAAACAAAGAUGAACUCCAGUACCCUGGUAAUCUUGAUGCCUAGAAUACAAGUGUGAUGUUUUUCUUCUUUUUAAUAACUCAAAGAUAACAUCCCCAAUGCUCAACAUGUGGAGUCAGUAUGAUGGUCCAUUCCUGUGAUGUCGCCGAGAUUCACAGUGUUUGAACAACAGACAUUUUGUCAUCAGAAUACUACCAGUAUGUUUAUUACUGCAAGGCUCCUGUGAUUUGUUCAAACUGAAACUAAAACGGACCCUUGAACUGUUAUUGCAGUCUGGAACUGAUAACCAUCUGUUAGUGUUUGACUCUCCUACAGGACAGUGAUGAGGUAUGUGGAUGUGACUUUUUGACCCUGUAGUAAAAGUUAGGCCCCGUACACACUCAGGUUGUACAACUGAUUCACCACACAUUGGACACAUGAUACAGUAGGCUACUACUGUAGUUCAUCUACACAAAAAUAUUUCACACAACCAUUUUUGCAAUGUCUCCACAACACUGUUUGUGUAGAAACACUCUGUUGUAUCAUAACAGUUUUACCAAAUGCGUUGUGCAUUAGUUCUAUAACUUCAGUGUGAACAGGGCCUUAAAGAGAACAUUCCCCAUUGCACAAGCUGUGCGCUUCGGUAGCCUGAAGAAACUGAAAGAUGAUGUGGAUAAGUUACUGAGCUAUUUACACGUAUGAACAGGAGCAUUAUUCUCUGGUUAAAUGAUGACAACACUUAUCAAACCGGAAUAUACUUCCUAGUAAAUUGGCAUGUAGUCUGCUUUUCAUUGAGUUCUGCCUGCUUCUAGUAAAGUUACAGUAUUUUCUCAUGAAAUAAAACACAAGUGAAGAGACAGGAAUGCAAGAGUGGAAGAGGAACGUUUCCCAAGAAGGGGUUUAAGAUAGAGACUCCUCCUACUACUAUGUAAUGAACUCUUAGCUAAUGCAUUUCAGACAUACUAGUAUCUCAUUCUUAACAUAUCUCCAAGUCAUAAGGACCCAGAGGAAGAAGCAGUGCGAACCUGGUAAUGAAGGUCUUGCAGUGUUGCGAUGAGAAAAAUAUACAGCAUGCUUAGGAUAGUCUUGAAUGACCAACAUUUUUGACUGAAAUGAUUUCCUGUCUUGUCAAAAGCAAUGCUACGCUGUUCUGAUCAACUCUUUUCCCAGGGAAAGUGAACCUUUCAAAGAUUGUGUUUGCAUUAUUGAGUGUCUUGCCAACUUUCAUGUGUGUGUGAAAUGUAUUUAGAAUGCUCUUCAGAAGCUGUUGUAUUGAUUGAGUGUUCAUGUGUUCAUCCUAGUUUUGUUUCUUUGAUGUCUUUGUCAUCUGCUGUAGUCCGAAACACGAUCCACAACCAUCAUGAUUUCCAACGCCGUAAAAUCCAUGCUGAAGGAAGUAGAUUAUAACGGUAGCCUGAUCCCUGUGUCCAGUCUGAACGACAGCUCCGGUAAACUGAAUCUCCUCUCACUCAUUGUGAAGACCAGGCCCAGAUUGGGAUGCUUCUGGCAGGAACCGAAAUACCAGUCCAGAGGCUUUACCCUGAGUGAUGUGCUGAAGCCUGGAAAGCUUGAAGAACCUAAAGACAAACCUUUUAACCCA